AUGAAUUUCUUAGAGACACCUGCGGAAACGUGGUUUCCAAAGUUUUUGAUAAUUCAUGCUGACAAUGACACUGGUACUUUAGGCAAGUUAUCACCAUUUGUGACAGCCAAGGUUAUCGAACAAGCCAUAGGGAAGUCGUAUCAGGCCAGGAAACUUCGUACAGGGGAUAUCCAGAUUGAGGUGCAAACCAAGCAGCAGAGUACAGCUUUAGAGUCACUGAAACAGAUUGGCGAUAUACCUGUGACGGUAACGCCUCACAGAACACUGAACACAGUGAAGGGCGUAAUCUCACAAGACGAGCUGCUGGACUGUUCAGAGUCUGAGAUUGAGGACGGUUUGACGGAAGAGGGUGUUGUUUCUGCAAAAAGAAUAACCAUGCGCAGAGAGGGCAGAGAGAUUCCCACAAAACAUGUAAUCCUUUCGUUUAAGCGUCACACACUCCCAUCGACCAUAAAAGCCGGCUAUCUCAACUGUCACGUUAGACCCUUUAUUCCCAACCCGAAGCGCUGUUUCAAAUGCCAGCGCUUUGGGCACAGCUCACAGACUUGUCGGGGACAGACGACAUGCCCGAAAUGCUCUGGAAAGGACCACAUGUCAGAACUCUGCCAGAAUGACUUUAAAUGUGUGAACUGCCAGGGUGGGCACCCAGUAUAUUCCAGGUCCUGCCCUCGAUGGCAAGACGAAAAACAACUCCUCAAGAUCAGAACGGAACAGAACAUUUCAUACAAAGCAGCUAAGGCCCAACUAGAGUUCCAGAAGAAAGGUUCUUUCUCUGAGGUGGUGCGCAGGGGAGUGGCGCCCCUCAGAGUGUCCGUGGAGACCCAAACCGUUGGGCCUCCACUCCACACUCCCCAACAAAAGGAGAAGGACAUGGAAAUGUCCCCUCCUCCAGUAUCUCCUUCCAGCCAAGUGGCUGGUAGUACUAACGAGGUGGCAACAGCUUCCGUAGAGGCUGCUGGCAACCUCUCCAUCUGGGAGGGCAGCACUCAGUGCUCGCCUCUAAAUACAAGCCAUAGUAUGGACGUCGACGACGAUGACUGCUCGUCGCAGAAGUCGUCGUCGAGUCUUCCUUCUUUUUCCCAGGCUAUGGAGAAAAGAGAAAAAGAGAAGGGCAGAGGUAGAGGUAUAAAACCCAAAGAUCAGCAAAGGGUACCUGCACCUAGAGUACAGCCCCCUUAA